AUGGAGAAAUUGAUACCUUGGGUCCGCAAGGAGCUGCCCAAAGCUUAUGCAAAGUCGAAGGAGAUGCACAAGUCCGCUCCGUUGAGCAUUGUGAGCCAAGCCAAGUCGAGCGAAAGUGUCGGGUUUAAGGCUGGCAUUUGGUCAAGUGAGCAGUGCGACGCCUCCAUGCAUGCCAGUGGCAUCUACGAAGCAUCUGGUUUGGCGCUGUGGCUUCAGACUGGGGCAUUUGGUUCCAGCAGUCAUGAUGACCUCAAUUGGCAAAGCCUUGAAGGAUUCAAAGAGAAGUUCUUCUCAAAGAGGGUGGCUUUCAAGGCUUCAGUCACCCGGAUGCAAGGAACCAAGAAGCAAAAGAGCGAGCGCAAGCGCAUUCUAUGGCCAGUCCCAAUGAUCUGCGCCGUGGAUUCUAUCACAUCGGCUUGCCAUGAAAACUUUGACGCAUCGCUGCCAUUGAUUGGUACUGGGCAUUUUGUCCUGUGGGCAUGGUACUUGGCCACCUACGAAGCCAUCAUGCAAUCGGACAAAGAGCAUUUGGAACUCCUUUGGGAAGCUGCUUUAUCCGUGACACUGCAGCUUCGCCUGUGCCCAACCGUGAAGGACAAGAGCUUGGCAAGAAACUUUCAGUCAGAAGCCGUCAAGGCAUUGGGGCAUGCUUCUCUCAGCGACAGCUUUCUCACAUUUGCUGGAUUGGCCAGGGUCCUUGCCAUUGACAAGGUUCAAGAUGGGGUGGCUAUGGGCUUGGCAUACAAUGGAGCUGUGUACAAUGCGGCGAUUCACAAAGCUGCACUUUCUAUGGCAGCUGUUCUGGAAGAUUCAGAUCGCCAUGUGGAGCAAUCUUUGUCCAGGCUUGAGUUGCAGUAUGGCCGGGACAUUCUCAGCAGCGAGUACUCCAAGCUUUCAAAGCUCAUAGCCUAUGCCAGGUCUGUGUCACCCUCAUGGUCCAUGGUCCAAGGUCCACGGUCCAACGGUGAAAUCAUGGCUUGGAUGGUCGACAUGUUGCUCUUGGCCUUCAAAACGAAGUUGCGGCUUCCCAGCAAAGCCACCGAAGGAUGGCUGGACAAGGAUCGGAAGACCGGAAUGCCCGGCUAUUGGCAAGUUUGCGCGGUGAUUCUCCAAGUAUUUGAGUAUGCAGAGAAGUUGCUUUCCAAACUCCCCGAGCCAGAGCUUCAGAAGGCAAAAGCUGUGCUGGAAGAUUUGCUAUCACCGCUACGUUGUUGGGAGAAAUUCCUGCAGCCAGAUGAGAAAGCCUUGGCUGAUACUGGGUUCUUGCAUGAAGACGAUCUGGAAGAGGAAGGUGCCUGUGCCGUAGUGGUUCCAUCAGGGCCUUUGGCUGCCAUCAAGGAGAUCUUCAACAAGGCCACCGGUCAGCUGUUCGACCUUGUCUUGGAGCUUGUUUCAGGUAAGCAUUACUCCGAUUGCCAAGAACUUGCCAGCCAAGCAGGAGGAUUGAUCAAAGCAUUGCAAGAUACAGAGCAAGAUCUUGAGUUUCUGAAGCAGCUGCGCCUAGUUACGGAGCUUGUUGGUGGUAGCCAAUCCAAGUCUGUGACGGCAAGCACUGCGGCUCCGACCCCAAGCUUGCUGAUGCAGUUGACUUCCACAGGCCAGGUCAAUGCAGAGGCAGAUGCAGAACGGGAAAGGCAUUGGAAAAUUGUACAGUCAGAGAGGCGAAAAUUUGUGAGUUUUGGCUUGCCUAAGAGUUGGACAAAAGAAUCUCUUCUGUCGUCUUUCCGCGCUUGCGGAAAAGUAUUCUCCUUUGCUGGCCAACUCAACACCAGUCACAGACUUCUGUGCGCAUCGGCCGACCUCAUGACCGAGCAAGGUGAUGAACCUUGGGUGGCGCCCUCCGUCCCUCCAGCACCGCUGUGGAAAGAAGUCCUUGCCUUCAUGACCAGCAGCGCUACUGGAGCAGCUGAUUUUGUGAUGGCCUUUGAUGGCCGCAUGCGUGAGGAAGAUGAUGUGCUCAGCCAGGCCCAUGCCUGCGAGGCGACCAUUGUCUACACAGGAGGAUGCCCGCCCAGGGCCGGAAGGAGCCGCAGGGUGCCUCUGUCUGGCCGCAAGGUGGAAACUGUGGCCAUCAGAUGCCCUGUGCAGAGAACGCGUAUCAAAGCAACGAAAAAAGAGACAUUCACAGCUUGCGGGGAAGAGAGCACAUACCAAGGCACCUACACAGGCGUGGCAUUCAGGGCCUCCCUGGAGAUUCCAUUGAUUUCUUUGGGGGAGAAGUCGAAGGUCAUGGACCCCAACAGUGUGUUGUCUCUUCCCAGGGCUCCAGAGGAUUGGGUUGAGCGCAAUGGAGAAGAUUGCCCUUUGUUUUGGGGUGAGUCGAAGCCGAUCGCCUUAUGGUGCGCGAUCUUAGAUGAGUGGAAAGUGCAAGCCGUUCUUGAUUGCAGCCCUGGAAGCGGUGCUCUCAUGGAA